GCACCAUGCUGGGCAUGUACGUGCCGGACAGGUUUGCCCUCAAGUCGUCUAAAGUGCAGGACGGGAUGGGGCUCUAUACGGCCCGCAGAGUGGAAAAGGGUGAAAAGUUUGGUCCAUUUGCUGGAGAGAAAAGAAUGCCACAGGAACUGGAUGAAAAUACAGACUGCAGACUCAUGUGGGAGGUUCGUGGGAGUAAAGGUGAAGUCCUUUAUGUUUUGGAUGCCAGCAAUCCACGACAUUCUAAUUGGCUACGUUUUGUCCAUGAUGCACCAUCACAAGAACAAAAGAACCUGGCUGCCAUCCAGGAAGGGGAAAACAUUUUCUAUCUGGCUGUUGAGGAUAUAGACACAGAUACAGAGCUUUUGAUUGGUUACCUUGACAGUGAUAUGGAAGAAGCAGAAGAGGAGGAGGAAGAAGUGAUUCCUAACCAAGAAGAUGAAGACAGUAACAACAAUAAAGAACUACAACAAACUAGCGAGAAAGAUUCUUUGAGCUGUAAAGAGGACCACGCAUGCCCAAAUUGUGAAUCCAGUUUUGCCAGCCAGGAGAUUCUAGCUGAGCAUCUUCAGACUUUGCAUCAAAAGCCCAGUGAAGAGAAAGAAUUCAAGUGCAGGAACUGUGGAAAGAAAUUCCCAGUUAAACAAGCUUUACAAAGACAUGUUCUCCAGUGCACAGAGAAUGUCAAUCCAGGCGACUCUUCAAGAAGUUUUCAGUGUUCUGUGUGCAAUACCUCCUUCAGCUCAGAACUGAGUUAUGAGCAGCACAAAGAGGCUUGCAGAGGGGAUGCCAGAUUCAUAUGCAAGGCUGAUAGUUGCGGAAAGAGGUUCAAGAGUAAAGAUGCUCUAAAAAAGCACAAGGACAAUGUUCACACUGGAAAUUCUAGGAAGAAACUGGUGUGCUCAGUGUGCAAUAAGAAGUGUUCCUCAGCAACAAAUCUUCAAGAGCAUCGAAAGGUUCAUGAGAUCUUUGAAUGUCAGGAAUGUGACAAGAAAUUUAUAUCAGCUAACCAGCUAAAACGCCAUAUGAUAACCCAUUCAGAAAAACGCCCCUACACCUGCGAGGUUUGCAAUAAGUCCUUCAAACGACUUGAUCAAGUGACUGCACACAAAAUAAUACACAGUGAAGAUAAACCUUAUAAAUGCAAGCUUUGUGGAAAGGGAUUUGCCCACAGAAAUGUUUACAAGAAUCACAAGAAGACCCACUCUGAAGAGAGACCAUUCCAGUGUGAAGAGUGCAAAGCUUUGUUUCGAACUCCAUUCUCUCUGCAGAGACACCUACUAAUACACAACAGUGAGAGAACCUUCAAGUGUGAUCACUGUGAUGCUACCUUCAAAAGAAAAGACACCUUAAAUGUUCACAUACAAGUUGUACAUGAUGGACAUAAGAAAUAUAAAUGUGAUCUGUGUGACAAAGCCUUUGUGACUCCUUCAGUCCUUAAGAGUCAUAAAAAAACCCAUACUGGAGAAAAAGAGAAAAUCUGCCCUUACUGUGGUCAGAAGUUUGCAAGCAACGGAACACUGAGAGUUCAUAUUCGGAGUCAUACAGGUGAGCGUCCCUACCAGUGCCCUUACUGUGACAAAGCUUUCAGCAAGAAUGAUGGAUUAAAGAUGCACAUUCGUACUCAUACGAGGGAAAAACCAUACCAGUGCUCGGAGUGCAACAAGGCCUUCAGUCAGAAGCGGGGCCUUGAUGAGCACAUGAGGACCCACACCGGGGAAAAGCCAUUCCAGUGCGAUGUUUGUGAUUUGUCCUUCAGCCUGAAGAAAAUGCUGAUCCGACACAAACUGACUCACAAUCCCAAUCGUCCAAUGGCAGAAUGCCAGCUCUGCCACAAGAAAUUUACAAGAAAUGACUACCUCAAAGUGCACAUGGAAAAUGUCCAUGGUGAAACUGACAGCUAACUGGUUUAUGCAAAAAGUGUGUGUCUAGUCUUCAAGUGUUCCAUUUGUACAUAUACAAACUCCAGACUUCUCACUUGAUUAGUAAGCACAAUCAGGAAAAGAACUGUAAUAUGCUCACAGUCUUUUUUUCCAUUUCGCUCUCUGUUUAUGUUACAGAGGGGGUGGGGUUUAAAGACCUUGAAGUAAAACAGUUUGAAGAUGAAAGAAAGAAGAUAAAGUAACAUUUAUUUUUUAAAAAAUGAUGUGCACCUUUCUUAGCAGCCUGUGGACCUGAUAUCAUGGUAACAGUACUGAGAAAUUAUGGAUAUUUGUUACUAGGAGACCUCAGAAAUAGUCCUGUGUGAAGCGGCUAGUAUUCGCUUCAAAUUCAGAUUUGGAUGAUUCAGGGGACAGUGAUUCAGUUCAGUGAU